AUGAGCAGAUUACGGAUGAUUAUGGCAGAGCGCGAGCCAGUCCUGAGCGGCGCCAUCCCUUUCCCGGGUCAUCGCCCCGCCCCUCUUCCGGCCCGCGAGCCCCCCGCGCGUCGCUUCUGGGCCGCGUUCGCUAGCUCGCGCGCGCUAGCCAGCCCGCCCUCUCAGCGCGCGCUUGGCCGCCCGACGACGCGGGAGCCUCACAAACCUGACGAGGCUUGCAGCGCUCAUUACCACCAAGCGCCAGUCCGCUAA